CAUAUCGCCAAUAGGAGCCCAGGACCAGGACCCAACGCGAGAGUAGUAGGAGCAAUGGAAACAACGGCUGUAAUUAGAUCAAUUACAUCAAUUGGUAGACGCUGAAGAGAGGUGUUGGAGAGAAUGGUGAAUCGGGUUUUCAAAGUGGAGGUUAAUAAUAGUGUAUGUGUCAAGGAAGAAGCGUGUACGGACAAGAUGGAGUCAAAAAAUAAUGAAGAUAUCCUUCCAGGCUACAGAUCAUUUGAAGAAUUCAGAGAAGCUAGUUUUAAGGCCGUUGUAGAAGCAACAAGAAGUUCAAAUAGUUUACCGACUGGUAAGAAUUGGGAUUAUUACACAACAUUUCCAUCAUUUAAAAAGGUCAUGGAUGCUGAAGGCGCCCGUGUAUUAAAGCUAAUAUCACUGGUACUUCAUCAUCAGGGUCUCAGAGGAAAUAUUUUGAGAAGAGACUUUGAAGAGAAGUUUGAUUUGAUUGUGGAUGCAAAUGAUUCUAUUUUGGAGCGAGUGGCCUGCAACUUGGAUGAGGUGUCAGGUAUCCGUCGGAAUCCUGAACCUAUCCUUGUGGAAGCUGUGAGUUCCUGUACUCGACCUGUUAAUGGAAGUUGGAACCUAGUCCAGUCACAAAAUUUAUCCCAGAGUAGCAGUUCUGGUCCACAGCCUGUCCGAUUGCUUACUGCAAAGAAUAUUCGGCGUCCUCAGAUUGAGUUCAAGGAUAAAAUUGACAAUUCUUCAUCACCAUUUGAACCCCGUAUUAAAGAAAAACCAAAUUCUUUAAAGCCUCUAGCCAUAACACUGCAGUUGACAGAAGAUGGUGAAGAAAGUUUCAGUCAUCCUUAUGAAUUUGAGUUGGAACGUUUUACUCCAUCUGCCAAACAGCUGGAGCGUGUGAAGCCACGUAUGUAUAAGCAGCUUGAAGAAACACCACUGGUCAUGGUGGAACAAGCAGACCAGCUACCUGGUCUCCUGCAAGACCUCUCCAGUUAUUCAGAAAUUGCUGUGGACUUGGAGCAUCACUCAUACCGCUCUUUCCAAGGGUUUACAUGCCUAAUGCAGAUCUCAACAAGAGAUACAGACUACAUCAUUGACACACUGCUACUCAGGGACAAACUCUGUUGCCUCAAUGAGAUCUUCACCAAACCAAGCAUCAUCAAGGUGUUUCAUGGGGCCAUCCAUGAUGUAGAAUGGCUACAGCGAGACCUGAGCGUGUACGUGGUGAACAUGUUUGAUACACAUGAAGGAGCCAAACUCCUCAACUUCGCACAGCUGUCAUUAGCUUUCCUGAUGAAGCAUUAUUGUAAUGUGGUAGCAGACAAACACUAUCAGCUUGCAGAUUGGAGAAUCAGGCCACUACCUGAUGAGUUGGUGAUGUAUGCUCGUAAGGACACCCACUACUUGCUCUACAUUUAUGACAUGAUGCAGAAUGCAUUGUUGGAUGCAGCCAAUGGACAAAAGAACCUCCUACAGUCUGUCUUCCAGCAAAGCACUGAGAUAUGCAAGACAAGAUAUGAGAAGCCAGUUUUCCGAGAAGACAGCCAUAUGACCCUGUACCGACGCAAUAAAAGACUGUUUGACAAUCGCCAGUUGUAUGCUCUGCGGGAAUUGUAUCGAUGGCGUGACAGAAUUUCCAGGGAGGAUGACGAGAGUACAGGGUAUGUACUGCCAAACCACAUGAUGCUUCAGAUUGCUGAAUCUCUUCCAAGAGAAAUGCAAGGUAUACUGGCAUGCUGCAACCCCAUUCCUCCCAUUGUACGACAGAACCUGCAUAAGCUCCACACCAUAGUUUUGGAAGCUCGAGAUCAGCCCCUUGUGAAGCCCCUCCUGGAGGAAGAGUUGUGGACAAGGGUCAGUACCCAGAACUGGAACAAAGUGAACCUAGAUGGAGCUCUCCACUGCCCUCAUGAUCUCACACACAUCCAGGAUUUUAGGGACGAUCUUCCAACACUUCUUGGAAGCACAUACAAUAUUAAUGAAACAGAAGUUGGUGCCAAGAAGAUACAGAUGAUUAAACCGAUGAUAUCUGUGUUUGAGGCUGAAGCAGAGAUCGACACUCCAAACCAUGUGACAUUUGUGUGUCCAUAUGAACGAUACAAGAAAGUGAAGCCGUUCAUCCAGUCACAAGAAACCACAUUAACCUCCGCCGAGAAUACCGCAACAGUACCUGGGACAGAAGAUGACAAUGCUGAGCGGAUACAGAGGAUAAAGGACCACUUUGUGGAAGUAAGUUCCAAAAUGGUGAAGGAGGGGGCUGAAGAGGAGGCAGAGAAGACCAACAGUGCUAUCACCACGCACUCACUACCACCACUGCCACCAUCACCAGAGCCCAAAAGGUCAGAAGAAAUGGAAACAUUAAGAAGCAAGGUUUCCAGAAAACGUAAAAAUCGUAAGAAGGAUUCCAGUGCCCAACCUAGUAAGAGACUGAAACUAGACAAAUCUGUUGAAGUUAACAGUCCAUCGACUUCCGUUCCACGAACUGGCAGUAAAAAAAUGAAAGAGGAAGGUUUCCAGCCAUUUGACUACAGUAAAGUCAAUUUCAGCAGGUUCCGAGGUGGUAGCAGGACCUCAGCACAAAUCGAAAAUAAAGGAAAACCAAAGGGCAAAAAAAGAAAAAGACAUCAUGGGAAAAAUAAAAGUAUGACAUUUGAAAGGAAUCAGUGGUAGCAGCUAGCUGCCAGUCCAGAGGAUAUUACAAGAUGUCCCUCAAUAUCAACAAACUGAAACUUGUAUAACAAAAUUCACAUGGAAUAGGAAACUGAAAAACAGAACUGUUUCAGUUUCAAGAUGGCAUGACACAAUAUUUCUCUGAAUAUUCAGAGUCUUAUUUACAUGUUAGUUUGUAUCUGCUGCACAUAAUUCAUAAAGCUGCUGCUUCUGAGGAAUAUGACACUUCAUCCCAAAGGUAAAUUUAUAGCAAAGCAUAUCUGUGAAGUAUGAAACACAUUUAUGAAAACAAUGGAAUGAAUAAAUGCUUUCAAGUAUGAGGUCAGAACAAUGUCUGUGAGAUUACAGCUCAUCCUAGGCGGUUCAGAAAGCAAGGAUAAACUAUGACCAGUUUAGUUUACACAUUAUGUGAAGUAAACAUUCAACAUGAGUAGCACCACUUUCCCUUUAUCUGAACAUAACUGCCAACGUAUGGUAACAACUCUAUCCUCUUUGUGAAGAGGCCCAUGGAAAAGAACAUUUUAACAAACGGGUAUUCUAAAAAUGUAACUCGCCCACUCUCAGACCUAACUGAGCUUUACAUGUACAUGUUCCUUACAUGAUUAGUUAUGAAUAACAAUCACUACAUGAACAAGUAAAACCUUGCGCACUUGAACACAUCCCCAGAUGACUUCAAUUUGUUUACUUUUUUUUUCUCCCCUACAAAAACAUUCGCAGCAUAUUCAACACAUAAA